AGAUUCAAGACCCCAAACCUAAGCAAUAAAAAGACUCCGGCAAGAUUAGCAUAAGCGUAGGAGGCCCCUUGACUGCUUUGGUUACACUUUUGGUCUCGGUUAUGGAAUGUCCUCCCCAACAGGCACUUGCGUAGAAGAAAUCCAAUUCUCCAUCGUAGCCUGGCCUUCUGGCAGGGCUUUCCCACCCCCACCACUGCUAGCUGCAGCGUUUGCUCUUUUCUUGACCACAAGGCACAGCACCUGACCGUAUAUUGCAAAUCCCUCAUAUGAGACGUCCAUAGCUAGCUUCUUCUUGUCUUCGUUUCCAUCAAGGCCGUCGUUCGUCCGGGCCCUGUGCCUCUUGUGUGGGGGUGCCUCUGUAUCAGAACCGAUUUCGAUGGCCGAGGCUGUUUCAUCAUCUUCAAAUGCCUCAUCGUUGCCAUCUUGCUCCGGGCCCUGUAUUCCUCUUUGGCGCUUACUCCGCCGUGCUUUUGUUUCGGCAACGGGGAUAUCAGCGAGUCUCACCUCAUCAUCGUCUUCUUCUUGCAAGACAAGUGCACGAUAUUCAUCCUCAACGUCCACGGGAACACUAUCUGUCUCACCGAUGAGUUUAGACGAGUUGGACUCGAGUUUCGGUGGUAGCUUGUCCCUGAAAUGUUUGGUCUUGUAAAGGAGAGAAUGUCUCGUGCUCGUCUCUGUCAAGAAGAUGGAGACCUCAAACUCGUCUAAGUGAUAUCAGCUACGGACAGAGACAAAAAUAGAUCUCAACACACAUACCUGAUACUAUGACGUCUUUGAUGCUCUUCUUCUUGCUCUUCUUUCUGAUCCUUUCCUUCUCUUCACGCAGCUUCGGAAGCACCAAAGGACGGAUUGCCUCGAUGACCUUGGGUAAUACUGGAUUUCGAGGAUUCAGAAGCCAUGAUUGGGCCAAUGCAGGGUUAUCCAAAUAAAUCCGGCAUUCAAGGACCGAGUACUUGGAUAUCCUCAGAUAUCGUCGGACCGGAGCCAUCGUAUAUUUGACGCUAUAUGUGAAAGCGUGAAGUGUAGUAAAUGGAAGGAGCGUGAAUGACGCUGGAUAUGGCGUCACUUUAGUGAUGUAAUGAGUACCUGUCCACUAUAAAUCGCCUCGCGACACGCUAAAAGUCGGGCAUGGACGUUCGCGUGGGUAGGUCUGGAAACGUGCCCCGCGUCAGCCUUGCAUUAGGUGUGUAAGCGAUUGGAUGGGGGGAGUUUCAAUUGAACGACCGCUUGAACAGCCCAGUAGCGCCAAAAAAAACCCAUUGCUCAGCCGUGUUUAACUUCGACACCGAAAGCAUCCUAACUAAGUGCGAAAUGGUUCUUGAUCAACCAUGCUUCAAUCCUGGAAGUCGUCCUUGAGGUUGCCUCGGUCGAGAUUUCCGUAUGUUUUUCCCCUUGGCAGAACCUCCAAAUUUGGAACGUGAGCAGCUAACGUAGCUGAUCUCGCAGUGUUCGACCGACCUCUAAGUUCGAACCAAAUUAUCUCAAGCAAUGUACCGACGAUUUAUACGAAUGGCAAGCACAGAAUCGACCUGAGGAGAAGCCAUUUACCCUCCAUGAUGGGCCCCCAUACGCCAAUGGCGAGCUUCAUGUCGGUCAUGCCAUGAACAAAAUUCUUAAAGAUAUGAUUGUGCGUGUUAAAGUGCAGCAAGGCCGACGAGUGACAUAUCGACCCGGCUGGGAUUGUCAUGGUCUCCCAAUCGAAAUGAAGGCACUGGGAUCGCACUCGACGAAGGGGUUGACUCCUGUAGAAGUCCGGAACACAGCACGAAAGCUAGCUUCCAAGACGGUUGUGGACCAGAUGAAGGGAUUCCGGGCUCUCGCCGUUAUGUCUGACUGGGAAAAGAAGUGGACAACGAUGGACCGAGAUUAUGAGAUAAGGCAAUUGCGCGUUUUUCAAAACAUGGUCCGUCGAGGAUUGAUUUACCGCAAACACAAACCCGUUUACUGGUCCCCUUCUUCGCGGACUGCGCUUGCUGAGGCAGAGUUGCAAUUCGUAGAGGAUCAUGUCUCUACCGCCGCAUAUAUAAGGUUCCCUAUUGUUUCAGACUGGUCGUCUAUACCUGAACUGGCCGGUUUCAGGGGAAACCUGUAUGCAACUAUCUGGACAACCACUCCCUGGACCCUCCCUGCCAACCGGGCUAUUGCCAUCCACGACCAAAUUGAGUACUCGAUCCUCCAGGUUGGCAAUGACGGCUAUUUUGUUGCUUCGAGCCGUGUUGGAAACGUGAAGCGCUUCCUUGGCGACUUCCAAGUUGUAGCACAUUCUAUUCCAGGCUCUAGCUUGAAAGGUCUAGAGUAUAAGAACAAACUCCGGGGGCAAUCUGCUCCGCUGCAGCCUAUCAUCACUGCCGAUUUCGUUACCUCUAGCUCUGGUACCGGUCUGGUUCACAUUGCCCCAGGCCACGGCCGGGACGACUAUGAAGUGUGCUCUAAAAUUGGCAUUGAAGCAUUUGCUCCUAUUGACGAUGGUGGUUUCUUUACUGAAGAAGCUUACCCUGACGAUCCAGAUAAGCUCACCAAAGCGAGUUCCGUCAUGGAUGGCGGAAGUCACGCUGUCUUGGAAUUAGUGGGCGACGAUGUACUUGGAAGCCAUAAACAACGGCACAGUUUUCCUUACGAUUGGCGAACCAAGCGACCUGUGGUGACUCGUGCUACAGCCCAAUGGUUUGCUGAUGUUGGUAUUAUCAAAGAUGAUGCCCUUGAAGCACUGAAGGAUGUUCGGUUUGUUCCAAAGGGUGGUCGAAACCGCCUUGAAGCUUUCAUCACACGUCGCAGUGAAUGGUGUAUCUCUCGCCAGCGAUCAUGGGGAGUUCCCAUUCCUGCACUCUAUGACGAGAACGGAAAUGCUGUCAUGACAACAGAAACAAUCGACCAUAUCAUCUCAGUCAUGGAAGAGCGUUCUUCGUCUGCCUGGUUCUCUGAUGACCCAGAUGAACCUGCUUGGAUUCCACCCAACAUGGAGGGCAAAUACCGUCGAGGCACUGAUACAAUGGAUGUUUGGUUUGAUAGCGGCAGCUCAUGGACAGAAACUGAGGGCCCUGCUGAUGUCUACCUUGAAGGCUCCGACCAACACCGCGGAUGGUUCCAAUCCAGCUUAUUGACUUAUGUUGCCACGCAAACACCAAAGGAGUCGACUGGAAAAGCUGCUGCUCCUUUUAAGACCUUAGUCACUCACGGAUUCACUCUCGAUGGGAAAGGCAAGAAGAUGUCAAAGUCCGAGGGCAAUAUGAUUGUCCCUAGCGAAGUCAUGAAAGGGAUUCUAUCACAGGCUUACUCCAAAGGCUACAGGCAGAAACUUGACCCUCUUGGUCCAGAUGCUAUUCGACUGUGGGCAGCAAGCGCUGAUUUCACAUCGGAUGUUCUUAUAGGACCAGAUAUUCUUAGACCUGUCAAUGCUUCGCUGAUCAAAUAUCGAACCAUCAUCAGGAUGCUUAUCGGGUCAAUUUAUCCAGAGGCCCGUGAGCGCCCAUUGACUAAGUUGGACCAAAUGGCACUUGUUCAACUUUCCGAUACCAUGUCAGAGGUCAUGCAGUCAUACAACGACUUUGAGUUUUACAGAGCGGUCAGUACAAUUAACCACUGGGUCGCAACUGAUUUGUCCGCAUUCUACUUGGAAGCCCUGAAGGACCGACUCUACUGUGGUGAUGGCGGCGGUGCCUUGGAGCCUAUCUUGAUCGGACUUUUGCGCAUGCUGGCACCGAUAACUCCUAUGCUUGUUGAGGAGGCUUGGUCGUUCCGGCCAGAAUGGAUGGCCAAAGACACUUCCUUGAUAAGCCCAGCUCGCCAUCUAUAUGAUGACCCGCUCAUUGACCCUAUGCGUUUGACGCUUCCUCAAGAUGUGGUGCGUAAGGAUCAGUCCAUCAUCACAGAAGUUCAUGGCGCUGUAAAGGCAACACUGGAGGACGCGCGAAAUGCCAAGGCGCUUGGCAGCUCUCUUCAGAGCGCAGUCUACCUGGAAGUCGAGGAUGGAAAAGCGGCGGCUGUUCUUGGGCGUUACAUGGACGAGCUUCACGACAUAUUUGUUGUGUCUUCGGUGCAAGUCAACGAACCCCUCCCCGAAAAUCCUGCUUGGGCUUUCCAAAAGGAGUUCGAGAUCCAAAAUGCCAAGGUCAAUGUGCAUGUGCUUCCCCCGAAGGAGGAAAAAUGCCCAAGAUGCUGGCGAUACAUGGCGCCAAAGCAAGACGCGCUAUGUGGCAGAUGUGAGGAGGUUGUCGGUGCAUAGAGAAGAUGUAAGAGAGGGAUGACAGGUUUGAUGAUAUGUACCCCUCUUUGUCAUGACAAGUGUAUAAUAUUUGUGUAAACUAUCAAGAUAUUAGUGAUCUUGCUACUGAUUCUAUUUUUGAACAGUAUCUGUAUCAAUUAGACGACAACAGCCACUACAAGAAAUGUAUGAGAAAAUGCUGAAAGAUUCCGGCCUUGAG